GCCAGUAAGAAAAAGAAAAUCACCAAAGCUGAGAGACUGAAGAUGUUACAAGAGGAGGAGGAGAGACGAGUGAAAGAGGAAGAGGAAGCCCGUUUGAAAUAUGAAAAGGAAGAAAUGGAAAGACUUGAAAUGCAACGGCUUGAGAAAGAAAAAUGGCAAGCACUCGAAAUAAAAGAUUUAGAAAGACGAACUGAAGAACUUACAGAACUUUAUUUAUUAGAAAAGUGUUAUCCUGAAGCAGAGAAAAUAAAACGAGAAAAUAGAUUACUUUCUCGGUGGAAACACUACAUUCAAUGUGACGGAAGUCCUGAUCCUUCAGUACCCCAGGAAAUGAAUACUUUCAUUAGCUUAUGGAAAGAGGAAACAAAAGAGACUUUUGAGGAAGUAAUUGAGAAGAGUAAACUAGUGCUAAAUUUAAUUGAAAAAUUGAAAUUAAUUUUGUUGGAAACCCCACUGUAUGAUUUGGAGGAUAAAAAUAUAAAACAGUAUGAAGGAUCGAUUCAAGAUCUAAAGGAGCUUCUUCAUUUUAAAUUUAAUGUAGCCACGGAAAUACUUCUUAGACAAGCUAGUACUUGGGCAGAUCUGGACAGUGGAAAUAUGGAGAAAAUUAUUCAUGAUGAAAAUGUUACUCUAUAUGUGUGGGCAAACCUCAAGAAAAAUCCAAGGUACAGAAGUAUCAGAUUCUCUGAAACCAAGAUUGGAUUUGAAAUUCCAAGGAUGCUAGCAACAUGUGACAUUGCUCUAAGACUCCUACAUACUCACUAUGAUCAUGUUACUCCACUGCGCUCUGUUCUAAGACCAUUGAAAGUAGAACAACUUACUUCCACAAUAAUGGAUGCUGUCGAAGAUCAAGUUAAGGAUGUUGCAGACGAAGCAUCCAGCAAUGAGGACCAAGAGGAGCCUAAACAACCAGAAAGUGGGUGCACCACAGUUAAAGAAGAAGUCAAACUUGAGGAAGAAGGUGAUGCUGAAGUACAAACGGGUUCUGUUGUUGAGGAAGAAUCUGAAGCCAUAAAAUUUGAUGGGGAGAUGAAAUUAUUAAGUGAAACAGUUUCAGCAGCACAGUUGUUGCUGGUAGAGAAUGCUUGUGAAAAGCCAGAAUUCUUUGAAACAAAUGAGGUUGAUUUAUUCCAGUUCACAACUCUGGGUGGAGUGUAUCACUUGGAUAUCUUGGAGCUUCCCCCACAGUGUAAACCAGUGAAUGGCUGGAUGAUUGUGGAAAUAACCAAAGAAGGAUUACAGAAAUAUAUAUAUCCUCCUGAAACUACAGAAGACGUUGAAACAGAAAAUAUUUUUCCACCAAUAGAAGUCACGCUUAAGGUUCAUGAAAACGUAUUAUUUUUUGAGGAGCCUAUGCUUGCAAGGUGGGACCUUGAAGGUAAAUAUUGGCGAACAGAUGGCAUCAGCCAUGUAACUUAUAAUUCAGAAGACGGACUUGUAACAUUCAACCUGGAUACUUUUGGCCCCAUCACCUUGAUUCAAGAAACCCAUAUUAACAUGCCGUACCAGUCAUGGGAACUAAGACCACUGGAGGAGAACAAAGUACUUUUGACUGUGACCACAGUAUUUACUGAGAUUCAAAUUCAAAUUAAGGAAAACCUCUGCAUGUUAGCCUCCAUCAAACUAAGAAGCGAAAAGCAUUUCACUAUUUUGAAAGGAAAAUGGAUGACACCUAUUCAGUUCAUUAUUGCACUGAAAGAAAUUGGAUUGAAUAUCUUCCCUACUGCCCACUCUCAUUUUUAUGUUGUUGUAAAUAGUAAGGUUCCUGUGGUAGAAAUGAAAGCUUAUCGGCAAAUGGCCCUUCUAAGUUCUGCUUUUGCAUUUAGUUGGAGCAAGUGGAAUUUACAAUGUGAUUCCAGCAAAGUUGUUUUUCAGGUGAAGGAACACCUUAACCGAGAACCCGAUACUGAAUAUUCCAACUGGGCCCUUUUAAUGUUCAGUGGUAACAGAGCACAAAGACUGAAAAUCAGCGAAGACAGUGACACCUUCUCUGAAGCACUUAAAGAUGAAACUGAGUUCCAUUCUACUCUCUAUCACAUGAUUAAGGAUUUUGCUUCUGAAGAAGCUAUAGGUAAAGUCAAGAGUUCCAACUGCAUGCUUAUUGACUCUGUGUGCCAUAUGCUACUUUCUAUCCGAUUUCUCAGUUAUUCUUAA